CUCCGCUGUCGUCUGAUCACCCCCCUCCCCGUCUCAUACGUCGUCGUUUUGCCCACCACCUGUCUCUUUGAUCCCGGCCGAUUCCCACCAACCCCCUAAAUUUCACCGCCACCUGUUUUCCUCUCACUUUCUCUAAAUCCCCCAAAGCAAUGUGGAAUUCCCGCGACUAGGUCUCCGCCGAUUUCAACUUCGCCGCCAUGAGCGACGGCGAUCAGGUCUGAACCCCGGGGAUUUCGAUCCGAGCUUCCGAGUCGGUGAGAGACUAAUCGACCGGCUCGGAAUCGCAACACGAUGUCGUCCAAAGUCGUCUACGAAGGUUGGAUGGUGCGUUACGGCCGGAGGAAGAUCGGCCGGUCGUUUAUUCACAUGCGGUACUUCGUCCUCGAGUCUCGGCUUCUUGCGUACUACAAGAGAAAACCGCAAGAUAAUCAGGUUCCGAUCAAGUCGUUGUUGAUUGAUGGAAAUUGCAGAGUGGAGGACCGAGGAUUGAAGACGCACUGUGGGCAUAUGGUAUAUGUUUUAUCUGUUUACAACAAGAAAGAUAAAUACCUUCGGAUGACGAUGGCAGCAUUUAACAUACAGGAGGCACUAGUAUGGAAAGAAAAAAUUGAAUAUGUCAUUGAUCAGCAUCAAGGUUCACAACCUCCAAAUGGGAACAAAUAUGUUUCUUUUGAAUAUAAAUCUGGAAUGGAUAAUGGGAGGACUGCUUCCUCAUCAGACCAUGAAAGUCAAUUUAGUGCCCAGGACGAUGAAGAUGAUGCCCAUCCAAGUUUGUUACGGAGAACAACAAUUGGAAAUGGUCCGCCAGAAUCUAUAUUUGACUGGACAAGGGAAUUUGACUCAGAGUUGACAAAUCAGAGCAACAGUAAUCAAGCAUUUUCCCGGAAGCACUGGCGUCUUCUUCAAUGCCAAAAUGGACUGCGCAUUUUCGAAGAGCUUCUUGAAGUAGACUACCUUCCGAGGAGUUGUAGUCGAGCCAUGAAAGCUGUAGGAGUGGUUGAGGCUACGUGUGAAGAAAUUUUUGAGCUUGUUAUGAGCAUGGAUGGAUCACGGUUUGAGUGGGAUUGUAGUUUUCAGAAUGGUAGCUUAGUUGAGGAGGUAGAUGGACAUACGGCAGUACUAUAUCAUAGGCUUCAGCUAGACUGGUUCCCGAUGGUUGUGUGGCCUCGUGACCUAUGCUAUGUGCGGUAUUGGCGUCGAAAUGAUGAUGGGAGCUAUGUUGUGUUAUUUCGGUCUAGGGAGCAUGAGAACUGUGGUCCACAGCCAGGAUAUGUGCGAGCACAUAUUGAAAGUGGGGGAUUCAACAUCUCCCCUCUUAAGUCUCGAAAUGGGAGACCCAGAACUCAAGUGCAGCACCUGAUGCAGAUUGAUCUAAAGGGAUGGGGUGUUGGUUAUGUAUCAUCCUUUCAACAGCAUUGUCUCCUUCAGGUGUUAAAUAGUGUUGCUGGGCUGCGUGAAUGGUUCUCUCAGACGGAUGAAAGGAAUGCUCCUCCUAGGAUCCCUGUUAUGGUCAAUAUGUCCUCAGCUUCUGUUUCUUCUCGCAAGGGUCAAAAGUUGCUUGAUUCUUCUGUUAGUUCUGCAAAUAGAAAUUCAGUGAUGAUGAUGGAUGAAUACUCUGAUGAAGAUGAUGAUUUUCAAAUCGCCGAGGCUGAACAAGAGGCAUACCAGAAUGGGCUUCAUAGUGAUGUCAGGAAAACAGCUGUUGAAGAAGAACCAGCCGAUCAAAUUGAUUUGUCCUGUUUUUCGGGUAAUCUACGGCGCAACAAUAAUGAUAAAGGGCGUGAUUGCUGGACAAUUUCAGAGGGAAACAACUUCAGAGUUCGGAGCAAACAUUUUUGCUUUGACAAGACAAAGAUUCCUGCAGGAAAACAUCUAAUGGAUCUUGUUGCUGUUGACUGGUUUAAAGAUACAAAGAGAAUGGACCAUGUUGUAAGGCGUCAAGGAUGUGCAGCACAAGUUGCCUCAGAAAAAGGACUUUUCUCUAUAGUCUUUAAUCUCCAAGUUCCUGGAUCAACACAUUACAGUAUGGUAUUCUAUUUCGUGACAAAACAACUAGUACCUGGAUCUCUGUUGCAACGUUUUGUUGAUGGUGAUGACGAAUUUCGUACUAGUAGACUGAAGCUUAUACCAUCAGUUCCUAAGGGUUCAUGGAUUGUCCGCCAGAGUGUCGGAAGCACCCCUUGUUUGUUGGGAAAAGCUGUUGAUUGCAAUUACAUCCGUGGUCCCAAGUACUUAGAAAUUGAUGUGGACAUUGGUUCCUCUACUGUUGCUAAUGGUGUUUUGGGACUUGUAACUGGUGUAAUUACAACAUUGGUGGUUGACAUGGCUUUUCUUGUACAGGCGAAUACCACAGAUGAAUUGCCAGAGCGGCUAAUUGGUGCAGUCCGUGUUUCUCAUAUAGAACUCAAGUCUGCCAUAGUCCCAAAGCUGGAGGGAGAACCAUCUCCAUCAUGACUAAAAGACAUUGACCCGUUAUGGUUUUAUACAAAUUCAUUGGUUCAGAUAUGCUUGUAAUGCAUCUCCUUAUAUCAUUGCCAUAUCUCACUUCAGGAAUGAAGAUAGUCAAUAUCUCUUGUGCAAUUUUUGCACAAAUAGUGACAUGACUUUUAUAAUAAGUACAGUCCAGGUAAA